UGUGAGUGUGUGUGAGUGUGUUUGAGAGAGAGAAGGGGUGGUGGGGGGAGCGCAAGAGAGAGGGAGACGUUUCCCAGCCGUGAGACAUGUGAGUACAACCCUGAACUCCCGUACGUCGAGUGGUUUCGCACGCGCGUUACGCAAGCAGGCCGACACGGACCCGUUAGCGGAUUGGGCGCGCGCCGAGGAUGCAUCUCGUCCACCUGGAACCGCAGGCAAACGGAGCGUAGGGAGCGCGGGAGCGCGCGCGGCGAACUCCAAAGUUUUCGAAGUCGGCCGGAGGGGAAGCGCGGCCUCGGGACCUCGAGACGGUGAAUGAUGAUGUUCUGAGGCUUGGGGAAGGAAGAAGAAGGAGGAGGAAAAAGAAAAGAAAUUCAUAAGAAAAGAACAAGAGGCGAUGAAGGCGGUGACGCGGAGCGGGAGGCGGCGAACCUUCGUCGCGCGCCUCUGCUUCGGCGGCUUCGGGCUGCUCGCGCUCGCGUGCCUCGCGCGCCUCCAACACCUGACAGUGACAGAAGCUUCAAGAUCAGACCUUGCUGAAGAUGUCAGCCAUGACUGGACUGGACGCAAGCUGAUGCAAGAUGGAAUUAAGAACCACACUUUAGAACAUCCUCGAGCAGCCAUCCAUGAGUUCCCUGAAGACAUUUUUACUAAGGAACAGAGGAAGAGAGGGGCCGUGCUUCUGCAUGUGCUAUGUGCCAUUUAUAUGUUCUACGCUCUCGCUAUCGUCUGCGAUGACUACUUCGUCCCCUCCCUGGAGAAGAUCUCGGAGAACCUGCAAUUGAGUGAGGAUGUGGCCGGGGCUACGUUCAUGGCUGCUGGAAGCUCUGCUCCUGAGCUUUUCACUUCUCUGAUUGGUGUAUUCAUCACUAAGGGGGAUGUGGGAGUGGGAACGAUUGUUGGGUCAGCUGUUUUCAACAUCCUCGUCAUCAUCGGAGUGUGUGGCAUCUUCGCUGGUCAGGCGGUGGCUCUUACCUGGUGGUCUCUGUUCCGAGACUCACUCUACUACAUCUUCUCCGUUCUGGCUUUGAUCUUGGUCAUCUACGAUGGGUGUGUUGUGUGGUGGGAGUCCAUACUUCUGAUUUCCAUGUACGGAGUUUACAUUCUCAUCAUGAAGUUUAACAGUCAGAUUGCGAGCUUCGUGGAGCGGCGUUGCGGUGGUCCGGGUUGGUGCUGUCUCUGUGGAGAAACCCCUCGAAACGAUGACACUGUGGAGGAUGGAGCCAACUGCAAUACAUCUAUGGUGCUUUUAAGAAAAGGUCAGUCUGGUGCAGCACAGCAGGAAUCUCCAGUGGUGAUGGUGGAUGAGCUGCUGAUCCUCCGGCCUCACCAGCUCUCUUUUCCAGAGGCGGGUCUACGCAUCAUGAUCACGCCCCAUUUCUCACCUCGCACUCGUCUCAGCAUGGCCGGCCGUGUAUUAAUCAGCGAAAGACAGAGGCUGAUAAGGGAAUCAGGGCAGAGGGGAAGCCUUGUGAAGACAUUCAGCUCCGGAGGAAUUGAGAACGGAGGGAGUGUGGAGAGACCCCUUCAGGAUGGAGAGAGGAUCGACAUUGAUGGAACUGUAAAAGCAGAUAACUCUCAGCCUGAGGAAGAGGAUGACGGCGAUGAAAUCUUCAGACCUCACCACUUGCCAGAUAGGUGUGGUGCCCGUGUUAAGUGGGUAGUGUCAUGGCCACUGGGUGUGCUGCUGUACUGCACUGUGCCAAACUGUAUUCUUCCUCGCUGGCAUCGCUGGUUUAUGGUCACCUUCAUCAGUUCAACACUCUGGAUCGCCAUCUUCUCCUACAUGAUGGUGUGGAUGGUCACCAUUAUCAGCUUCACCCUGGACAUCCCGGAUUAUAUCAUGGGUAUCACGUUCUUGGCAGCAGGCACCAGCGUGCCGGAUUGCAUGGCUAGCCUCAUCGUAGCUCGCCAAGGUAUGGGAGACAUGGCAGUGUCAAACUCAAUAGGCAGUAAUAUAUUUGACAUCUUGCUAGGUUUGGGCUUCCCAUGGAUGCUCAGAACGCUGGUGGUCGAACAUGGAUCAUCGGUGUACAUCAACAAUAAGGGUCUGGUGUACUCAGUUAUCCUGCUUCUCGCAUCCGUCUUCCUCACUGUGAUGAGUGUUCACCUGAAUGGCUGGAAGCUGGACCGGCGUUUGGGUUUCGGCCUCUUGCUGCUUUACUCAAUCUUCCUCCUCUGCUCCAUUCUCUUUGGGCAGCUUUAAAAAAAAAAAAUCACAACCCUGUACAUCCUAUUUACAUCCAAGUCCAACAGUCAAACUAGUUUUGUUCUCGUUUUGAGUUUGAUUUAUUCACACUGGACAUGGUGUUAACCUGAGCUGAAUCUCAGGCCAAAGCAGAGACAGUGGAGGAAAGGGAGGAGGAACAGACGGACUCACAGCUCAGAAGGAAAAAUUCUGAAACCGGAUCCGUCUGGAUUACGAAUGCAGUUACACUGUACAUGUACAGCUUUUUUCAGUGUUUUUUUUUGUUUUGUUUUAUCAAGUUCACACUGAAUCAGUUCCAAAAGUGUUCCACUUCAUCCAUAAAAAGCACUGCUGCCUAAUCCUGAGAAGAUCAAAACGGCAGUAAACGCGAUAUAUAUAUAUUUAUCUUCUAAAGUUGUUACAAAUGCUCCAGAAGCUUCCGCAUUCUUUGUGAUGGCUGCGCAACGUCAGUAUGAAACCAAUCAGCCGGGAUGAACAACCGCCUCAGACGAACGACACAUUCACUGUAUAUUCAAUUUUAUUCAUUCAGAAGAUGCUUUUUUUCCAAAGCGGCGUACAACUGAGAAACAAAUCCGCUCUCCGAGUCCGAUUCCAAACACAACUGAGCAGUCAAGGGAUCCGAGGAUUUCAACUCGCAUCUUAAAUCGCGUUACGAGGCCCGAAAACAUGACGAGGAUCCGGUUUCACCAGCUGAAGAUGAUUGUAAGUCACAAUGUAGGAAAAAAAAACAAGCAUGGUUUCGAAUUAAUUGAAAAAGACACACUGGGUAAAUCUUCCCAAGUAGCCCGGAAAGUUAUCACAGAUUAAAACGUGUUGUGAUGUUUUUCAGUAUAACCAGCCAAUCAGAAGCGUGAUUCAAGAUAAACAGGAAACACUGCAUCCACAAUCGACACGGGUCAAGAAGCAGGGAAGUGGUUACGUAUCUGUCAAUAUCAGUUUUAUGCCUUUUUUUUUUUUUUUGUUCUGCCACUUAUAAACUAAUAACAGCCAUCAGGAGGUUUGAUGACAAAGCAAUCAAGAGCAGGAUUCAAAGGAUCUUCCUACAAGAUGAAUAACUCUGAUUAAACAUCUUCACCAUAAAACUUGGACUUUGACACUAAUAGGGAACACUAACUAGGUGACAAAAAUAUCUACAGACAAUCAGUGAGUAAAACCCAACUCUUAUCCCAUACAAUGAUUCACCCUGUGUGCCCUUUUUUCCAUAGAAGCAGAACAAAAUCCUCUUUUCUCCACCAUAACCCAAUUCCAGCCACUGAUGUAGCUCAUCAAUACAUCCGAAUUUUACUGGAAUUACCGAAUAUUUUAAAAACAAACAUAGUGUGUGAACACUGGGGGAAACAUAACUAGGAUUUUUAGUUAUCAACUAAAUGAAAUGUUCUCAUACAUGCCCUGAUCAUUCAUUCUAGGUGACUAACAUUUUGUUAUCAAAUCUGGAACUGACUAAUCUAAAAAAAAAAAAGCAGAGAAAGAAAACAUGCACUCAAUACUCACACAUCAUACCGAGUACAAAUAAAAUAGACAAAAUGAGUGAAAA